AUGUUUCUCUACAUCUAAAAACAAUAAUAAAGCUGUUGUCAUUUAUAAGUAUGGAAAUUAUAAUUUUAAAGAAAUGGAAGGUGAUAUUGGUAAAACUCGAAUAACUCACAAGAGGUGUUAUUUAAAAAAAGCACAAAACGCAUGUAAUAUUUAUACGAAGGCAGCCAAUGAAAAACGAUUACGUACAGCAGCGUUAACAAAUAAUGAAGAUCGUGUUCGUGAAAUAUUACUAACGGGAGUGGAUGUAAAUGCAGCUGACGAAAAUAAAAGAACACCUUUACAUUUAGCAGCAAGUCGAGGCUACGCGCCAGUUGUAAGAUUGUUACUGGAACAUGGAGCCGAUCCAACACUAACAGACACAUUGGGUAAUACUCCUUUGCAUUUAGCAUCUUGUACGGGCAAUGCAAGUGUUGUCAAAGAUUUAUUAGCAUGUGGAGCUAACGCAGAAACAAAAGAUUCACGAGGUUGUGAUGCGAUACAAUUGGCACAAGGUCGAUUACGAAUAUUGGCAUCAUGCUUACGAUCGACCCAACCACAGGAUACAGCUAUUAUGGAUCAAGUACAAACAGUUAUAAAUAGUUUAAUCGCGUCAUUAAAUAAAUCGCAAGCCGAUCGUAUCGAUGCAUUACAUCAGAAACUAGCGAAUUCAACACCUAAAGAUCACAUCUCAGCUCUGUUGGAUGAACUUGAAAAAUUAUCGUUGUAAUGGAAUAUAUAUGCCUCAAAUGUUAUGCAAAAACUAGGUUCCAUCUAUUUAUGGCAUAAAAAAUCAAAAUCAUCAUAAAAAACCCAAAAAACCUAGGGCAACUUUUACUUGGUUCAAAAAAAUGACAUUUAACUGUUUCUGUGGAAGGGAGGAUAGACAAAAAUUGGACCAAUAGUGUUUUUGGUAACAUCCGGAUAUUGAUCUACAAGCUUUUUAAACAAAAAUCAAUUGAAAAAUGGGGUCCUCAUAGUCUGCACACUCCAUCUAGCGCUCGCUCUAUAAACUCAGAAACGUUGUUUUCAAUUUUUUUAAAAUGAUUCUAUUUAUGAACUUAAUAAAACAAAAAAACAAAACUUGAUAAAGCACUAAAUCUAAACUAGAGCCAAAAAUAAAUGGAACCGCAUUUCUGUAUAAUGACCAAAAUUUUUUAUUUAAUUAUUGAUCGAAAUAUUUAGGCUGAGCGUACACAGAAUUUCGUAUAUGAAAAUUCUGUUUCUUACUUACCGUUAUCUUUUACAAGUCUUUCUAACAGUGUGCGAACUUUCUUAUAUUUUUAAUGAAUGUACUUUUAUUAGAUUGAAUGAAAUUAAAAUUGUUUAAUUAAUUAUUGCUUAUAGAUUGUAUUAUUGGCCAUAAAUGAUGAAAUA